AUGGUCGAUAUUGAUUUAAAUGAAACCAGCGACAAUAAGGUGACUGCAGUUACCAAUGGCGACUUGUCAAAAGGAGAUUCUUUAAGCAAGUCGGAAGAUGUUCAAGAUGAAACGCCUUACACAGUUAAGAUAAUUCCAACCCAUUCAGAUCCUUUCGAGUUACAAGUGAGCUCUUUUGAGCUUGUUCAAGAAAUUCAUCGUGUGUUAAUGGAUCGAGAAGAAACCUGCAGUUGCACUUGCUUUUCUUUGGUUCUAAACGGUCAGACACUAGAUAUGUUUGCAGAGUUAAAGUCAGUCGAUGGUUUGGCUGAUGGCGUCGAACUGAAAGUUGUGGAAGAGCGCUAUAGUGUUCGUGAAGCCAAAAAUCAUGUUCGACAUAUCCAUGACCUCCUUCAUUCAGUCGAGCCUAACGAUGCAUACGCAGGUAGAGAACAGAUGUCCCUAUCAUUUGUCAAUUCAGUAGCGGGAGAGCUAGAACGCAAACAUUUCCCUACUCGGUUAGAUAUGCGCAUAGAUUUCAUACCACCUGAAUAUGUUAUGCCCGGUUUUGGUGCAAACACCAACCUCCCAUUAUUGCCUUUACAUCCUUUGGAUCGUGAUGGAAAGCCAGUUAAGUGCGUUCGCCAACUUAAUUAUAGUAAUUGGAACCCUCCACCACCUGCAAGACGACUAUUAGGAGAUCUGAUUUAUUUAUUUUUUCACACGCUAGAGGACAAAAAGUACCAUAUAACUGCUUGUCCCAGAGGAUUUUAUGUAAAUAUGUCCACGGAUGAUCAGUUUAAUCCCCACCCCAUACAGCAUGCUUAUGUGGCACAUUCUCUGAUCGAUCUCCUGCGUCAACUUAGCCCAGGAUUCAAGCGCAAUUUUGAGUCCCUUUUAAAAAAUCGAGCUGCUAAACAUCCAUUUGAACGUGUUCCGACUCCGUAUCAAGUUCAUUCCUGGUUAGCGCCACUAGUUGAACAUUCCCCAGAUUCUGUAAGAAAAGAAGAAGCGUUUUCUUCUCGCAUGGCGUGCGAAGAAAAUUUGCCCGGUCAAACUAGGGACUGGAACGAAGAGCUACAAGUUACGCGUGAACUUCCACAGACACGUCUUACAGAGCGGCUACUUAGAGAUCGUGCUAUUUUCAAAUCAAACAGUGAUUUUGUUGCUGCAGCAACUCGUGCUGCUGUUAGCGUAGUAAAUGGAGAUAUUAUGGCUAUUAACCAGGAGAAACACGUAAACAACAAAUGUUUAUAUGGAAUAAUAUGUUUUUCUCACUUGGAUUUGAUGUUAAAGAUCAUUACAAACAUUUCGGUGGUGAAUAUGCCGCAUAUGCUGCCACAUCUAGUGAUUUGUGUGGAGUACGUGCAUAUUCGAUGCUAG